AUGCGUCUCUUGCCUCGUGCGGCUAAUGCCUUCGUCCUGCCUUGUGUCUCGUGUCUUUCAUCCGUUUGCUCAUCCCCCCGGCUCUCCUUGCGUUUCCCUCUCAUCGUGGCAUUCCUGUGUUUCCAGAUCACCAAGUCCCACCCGAUUCAUGCUCGGAACGAAAACAGCAAGAAGCGGCGAAAGGCCAAGAUGCCCGAGCCUCCGCCAGCCCCUGUGGGAGCUGCGGCGAAGAAGGGCGGCAAAGCCAAGGACGACAAAAAAACCGACAGUAAAGCCAGCGACGGCAAAAAAGAAGGAAAAACCGGCGAUAGCAAAAAGGACGGCAAGUCAGGCGAUAGUAAAAAGGAGGGGAAAACAGGCGACGGCAGCAAGUCGAAAGGAUCAUUCUCCGUGCCCUCCUCGUCCUCCAAAUCUUCCACCUCGUUACCCGCUGCUCCCGCGCCAAAGCCUACGGUCGCGCUGCUCGUGCGCUCGUCUCUGCCCCCCGCUGCCAAGGCUGCCGCAUCCGUGGCUAAGUCCGCGUCUGGUGGGGCCGGCCCCACGUCCCCGUCGUCUAAAAGCGGGGGUAUAGGCGCGCCUGGUGGGGGUAGUGGGAGUGGGGGAGUGCCGGUGAAGGUUUUGUCUAAGUCCUGGAGUGCUGCUGCUGCGGGGUUGAAGGAUGCGGCAGCAGCAGCCGUUGGGGCUGUGAGCAGCAGCAGCAGUAGUGGUGGCGGUGGGAGUGGAGGGAGCGGGCCUGUGAAUGCGUGGUCGUCGUCGCCUGGCAUCGUGUCCGGACCGUCCAAAGGAAAGGCCUCGGAGAGCAAGGCGGAAAAGGUCUCGUCUCCAAAGGACUCCUCCUUGCAACAAGACGCCAGUACCGGAGGCAAGGCGUCUGACAAGCCUGGCGCAGGAGGAGCAGGAGGCGAGGAAAAGAGCAGGAAAGACAAGGCUGGGAGCAAGGCGGCGAGCCAAGAAGGGGAGGGGAAAGCGGAGAGUGGUAGUGGUGGUGGUAGUGGUAAGGGGAGUCAAUCCAGACAGAAGAAGAAAGGCAAGGAGCAAUCGGUUCCCGCACCAGCGGUGCCUGCUCCGGUAACCGCCGCCGUGCCUGCGAACUCGGUCUGGAAAGCCAAGCCUGCCGCGCUGCUGCUUCGGCCAGAGGCUGGGAAGGCGCAGGCACCGAGCCAACAGCAGGCGCAGCAGCAGAAGCAGCCACCGCAGCAGCAGGAACAGCAGCCGCAGCAGCAGGAACAGCAGCAGCAGGGGAAGCAGGCUGGAAGGGCGACAACAGAGUCGCAAGGGAAGUCAAAUACCACUGUCACCUCCUCUUCUGUACCUCCGCCCAUCAAAACCACGACCACCGUCUCCCCAGACCCCCCUGCCCCCUCUUCCUCCCACCUCCCGUCCUCCACUUCCCUCUCCGUCUGGACCAAGGAAUCCUCCUCACUCCACUCCACCUCUCUCCACUCCUCCUCACCCUCCUCCCUCCACUCCUCUCUCCAUCCCGCACCCCCGUCCUCCUCCUCAUCCUCCUCCUCCACACCAACUGAGUGCGAAUUCUCAACGACCUCAGGGCUCUCCUCCCCCCCUUCCUCCUUCCCCUCCACUCCCCGCGCCAUGGCCAGCCUCUCCCCCUCCGCCAGCAUGGGCAGUUGCGCCGACCACCUCCCUGCCGAGCCUGUCACCGAGCCUGCCUCCAGCCCAGCAGAGCCGGCUGGCGAGCCCAGCGUCGUGGGUUCGGAAGCGCCGUUGAGUGGGGAGGGGAGUGGGAGCGGAAGGGCGGUUGGUGAUGUGGGCGUGCAGGAGAGGUUGCGAGAGAAAGCAGAUUUGCAGGUACAGCAGCAGCAGCAGUCUCAGCAACAGCAGCAGCAGCAGCAGCAGCCGCAGCAGCAGCCCCGGGAUAAGCUGGUGGUUGCAGAGAGUGUUGCAGCAGCAGCAGGAGAGGCGAGCAAGGGCAGAAAUGCAUCAAAUCUGGGCAUGGGCUCAGUUUCCAUUGAUGCCGGUGCCGCUGCUGGUACCACCGCUGGUGUUUCUGCUGACAAUGCGGCUGCCUCUCUGGGUGCCACCGCUGCUAGUGGUGCUGCGGAUAUGUCUGGUGCUGCAGCUGGAGGGAACACUGCCUCGGGUGGGCUGCGCCCGUGGAGUGAUGCGUGCCGCUUCGCCCUGGAGACGAAUCGCCGGCGAGUCUACGUGCGCCAGCUGCAAGAGCUCGGAUUCCCCUUGGGAGAGGCAGCGCAGGCAGUGCUGGUGCACGGGGGAGACCUGGGUGGCUGUCUCAACCACCUGCUCGUCUACCACGAGUGCUCCUGCCGCCCCUCUGCUCUCUCUGCUCUCACGCCCUCCCCAUUCGUCGAUAUUUCCCUCGAGUUGCAAGCUCUCUCUGAGAUCAUGUCAGCGGGAUCGCUGCCCCAGGACCUGUUGGAACAUGCAUUGGUGCUGGCCUCGGGAGACAUCAGCUAUGCCCUGCACCUCGUCAUCUCCCAUCCCCACGGCCUCCCCUCCUCACUCCCCUCCACCCAGCCCUUCCCCUUCUACUCCUCUCCCGUCCCCUCCACCACCACCAACACCGCAACCACCACCACCUCCUCCUCUACUCACUCCUCCCUUCCUCCUCCCCACCCUUUUCAGUCGAACCACUGCAUACCGCACCAGACCACUGCCUUCCCUGUUGGUCCUUCUGACCCUGUCUUUGCCCAUCUGUCCCGCUCCGCCUCCCCCUCCCCCUCCCCCUCGCCACCCUCUCCUCUCCCUGAAUACACCAUCCCAUCUCCAUCGCUCGUCAUCCCCCUCUCGAAUACCAACGCUGGCACCUACUCUCACAACCCUAUAACCACACUCACUCCCACCACCACUUCCUCCUCUUCCUCCCUCCAGCACACAUCUCUUCUCUCGGGAAUUUGGUCUAGCUCAUCGCCGAACCUUCCUUCUGCCGCCCAUGCCAGUCCCGCACCUCCUCCUGGGUUCGGCCCGAGCCUCAAUGCCGCUGCUGCUCCACUCGGUAACAGUGCCAGCUUCGGCACUCUCGAGGCUCGCAGUGGGAGUCCUGCCCCGAACAUCAUCCCGGGCAGCGGAUGGAAUUAUAACGGCCUGCCCGAGUUGAAAUCGCAGCAGCGUGUUGAGCCCGUGGGAGGGUGUGAAGCUGGCAGGAAAGUUUAUGUGCCCGAGAGCAUAGGCAGGUUGUGGGGGGCGUCAGCAGGAGCAGCAGCAGGCAUGGCGGUACAGGACGAUUCGCAGUGGUUGUAUGGGGUGAACAGCGAUAGGAGCAGCGGCACGACCAGUGGGCUCAGCAGCUGCAGCAAUAGCAGCCACGGCUACUCGCAAUAUUCUGAAGAGGAGGGGCUUGGUGAUUCGCUGUUGCUGCUACCAGGGGAUGAGGAGGAUCUUUUCUCCCGGAUCCUCCCUGGUCUGCUGGGUUAA